AUGCAGCUUUUGCCUCGAUUGUUUCAUAUUUCACAAAUAAUAUUGUGAAUGAUGACACAGAAAAGAAGCAGGAUAUCAUCAAACCAAUGAUUAAAUAGAAAGAAGUAUUAGACAAAAAUGUAAAACUAGCACAUAACGGUGAUUCCACAACUGGAGUAUCAGCUUAAACCCAUUUGAAUAAAACAAUUGCAGAAUUCAGAGUCAAGUAAAAGGUACAUCACCCAAAGGUCUCAUGCCUCGCCAUGGUUGCAGUAAAACGAAAAGGGGAGGGAGAGGAGGGCGUCAGGAAAGAGGCAGAAGGAACAGGUUUGAAGGAAAUGAAAGUGAAAAUGCAGCAGUAUUAGAAGAUGAUGCAUUGAGAAAAUUGUCUAUAAGGGAGAGAAAGGUAUCAGAAGAUGACAGUGAUGGAUCUGAAGCAUCUGAUAAAAGCAUCGAAGGUGCUGUGGCAGACUGUAAACUUGAGGAAUCAAAUGAUGACAAGUGUAGUACAGAUGAGGAGAGGAUGGAGAUUGAAGAUAUCACUUACCCUGUGGCCAUGUGGGACCUUGCACACUGCGACCCAAAGAGAUGCUCGGGAAGGAAAUUGGCACGGUUUGGGAUGGUGAAGCUUCUUAAGCUGGGCCACAGAUUCAGUGGGAUGGUUCUCACACCAGUGGGGAAGAAGUGUGUUUCACCAGAGGAUGCAAGCAUUCUCCUAGAGCAUGGUAUAGCUGUGGGAUGUUCUUGGGCUAAACUGCAAGAGACACCUUUCAACAGGAUGAAAGCAGCACAUCCACGGCUUCUUCCAUACCUAGUGGCUUGUAAUCCUGUUAACUAUGGGAUUCCCUGUAAGCUGUCCUGUGUGGAAGCUUUUGCAGCAACUAUGUAUAUUUGCGGUGAGAAGUUAGCAGCAGCUCUUUACCUAAGUAAAUUCAAAUGGGGCAAGACAUUCAUUAAUAUAAACAAGGAAUUACUGGAUAAAUAUGCAGCCUGCAAGAAUAGCACAGAAGUGGUUGAGGUACAGAAUAAAUACCUUGAGGAGCUUGAUGAAGAAGCUUGCAGAGAAAGAGAUGAGAUUGACUUACCACCGUCAGAAUCUGAAGAAGAAGAAGAAGAGGAAGAGGAAAAGAUAGAAGAAGAGGGAGAUGGCUGAUAAAUCAUUUGUGAUUAGAUAUUCGUAAAAAAUCACAUGAAAUAAAUAUUGUUUCAAAUUUUG